AUGCCGACUCAGAGCCCCCCGGCUUUACUGCGCAACCUGCACUGCUCGUUGCCUACCAUUGUCCGCCUCUACAAGGAUAUAGCCUCAUCGCUGAACUGUCCUUCUCGUGAGGAUUCAAUUAAGAUGCUAUUACCUCUUGAGAUAUCGACAGCAGCAGAUGGUGAAGAGGUGAUAAACUUCUUCUGCCGCGAACUUGGCAUGAGUGUUACAUCGCUUCGUCGGUGGCGAUGUGCUGUGAUGAGUGGGAUGCGGCGGAACUGGUGGCGGGACUGUAUGCGGAACAAACUGGCUGUGGUUCCAACUGGAACCUUGUCGCCCAACAUGGAUGACUUUCUCUUUGCACGGAGCUGCAUUACCGAUUUGAAGGCCGUAAUAUCACCGUUCCUGACGCUAGCACAACCAGAAGCAGCAAAUGCACCUCGUGGAAGCUCUUUUGUGGCCACACGAAAUAUCCUUCCCGGUGUUUUUCUGUUGAGUGUUCCCACCUCUGCAAUUUUUUUCUCUAGUCCACCACCAGCCACCGACCCGUUAACGUCCUUUUUCAUGCACGUAGAAGACCUGGUCGGUCAACUUGUGGCCGUGGAGUGUUCGGGUGAUCCUCCUCCUUCGCAUGCUGGGUAUGUGGACUACCUAAAGAAAUCGGUCACACCCUGCAACAACCUUCCAUUUUUAGAAAUGGGGGAGGUGACACAAUUGUUAGGUAAGGCGAAGUCGUCUGUCGGCGUCACCACUGGUUUGGAGGAUACCAGCAGCCCGGCACUUCAGUUGUGGGAGUACUUCCAUCGCGAUAUGGAAGGCCUGCCGCUUAGUGUGUUUCUGCGCGAAAGGCUGACAAAGGAAGAGUAUGCAUGGUGGGUGAGUUUGGUGCUUUCACGUCGCACCGGGGCGGCUACUCUUAUCCCUGUUGUGGACAAGCUUAACCAUAGCCCGGAACCUAACUGCUAUUACACAAUGGCUACUGAAGAGAGCUUCUGCGGAAUCGACGUGUUCGACAAUAUGCUGGCUGGGGUUGAUUCUGAGUUGUUGUACGAGCCUUACUUGCACACGUUCAGCAUUCGUGAGAUCAAGGAGGGUGAGGAACUUUCUCUUUGCUACGCGUCUCCGGCUACAAAUCCAAAACAACGCGGUGUGGUGGGUGCUCCAGUUAGCGGCGGCGGUGAUGGCAUAUCUGUGGCCACUGGCGAAGGUCGGGCCGCCUGGCAGUUGCAGUGGGGCUUCAUCCCAUCUAUCGAUUCUCCGUAUACAUCGGCGGACCUUUUGGAAGUGGCAACGAUUGUUGCGGAGCGGCGGGUUGAUAUUCGCCAGAAACUUUUUCCGCCCUAG